UAGUCACAAAGCGCGUGCUAUCGGCCAUCCUAGGUCACCACUUAUCCAACAUUUGAUUCUGAGCAUCUGGAGGGGGUUGAAACUUGGUGGUAGAGCGGAUGACGAAAAAGGACCCGCAGGCCAAGUCGCACCAGCUCUUCGAUCUUUCUGUCUGAAGAUCAUCAUCUAAGUCUCCCGUUAUCCGAAACCGAACGGCUGAAGGGGACGAAGCGAUGACGAAAACGCUUGUCCUACUUGUCAGCACUGGGCUCUUGCUGGCGCAGGUCAUAAGCGCACAAGACGGCGCACCCUCGCCCACGCUAGCGAAGAGACGGGCGAUGUACAUGUGCAAGUGCACGUGCUUUUCCACCAACUCGACCGUUAUUCCUCUCUUCGCUCCGAUCGACCCAGACAAGCCAUGCUUGACGUGCUCACGCAAGUUUUGCUUGGAUCAAGGACUGGAGAUCUGCAAGGGCGCCAAGCUAGAGACUCCCGAUCACGACACGGGCACAGGAUACGAGGGAGACGUGUGGGCGAGGUGUUUCCAGCGUGGUUCUUACAAGGACCAAACUGUCGUCUCUUUCUAUAUCUUGGCGAUUCUCGGGUUGCUUGCUUACGCAUUGGUCAGGUCAAGGCUUUCAGGCUGGAUGCAGACAUACCGCGAAGAAGGUCCUGCAGGCGUCUAUCGAGCAGUAGCCAAGGCGCCUUGGACGACGAGCACACGUAGCUGAAGAGCUGCUUCCGCAGCACCCAUUCCAUGCAGGAUGCGCUCAUACAGCACUCCGCGGUCGUCUAUCGCGCGAUCAGCAGAUUGCAUAUUCUGCCGAUAUCAACGGGUCUCCUUGUUGCGCCCGGUGGACAUCCAAUGGCCCGCUUCUGGAAUGGAUGCUGGGCACCUCCACGGGUAUUUGCAAGCGAAU